AUGCUAAAAACGAUUAUCCCCACAAUCAUACUUAUUCCAACCGUAUGGUGAUCAAAACCCCAUAUAAUUUGAAUUAACGCAACAGUUUACAGCCUAUUAAUUAGCCUAACUACCCUCUCUCUACUUAAUCAGCCAAGUGACACCAACCUAAACUUCUCAACCACAUUUUUUUCAGAUGCCUUAUCCACUCCUCUCCUGAUGUUAACGACCUGACUUCUUCCACUCAUAAUCUUAGCAAGCCAACAUCACUUAGACAAAGAAACCUUAACCCGUAAAAAAAUUUAUAUUUCUCUUUUAAUUUCCUUACAAGUAUUCCUAGUAAUAACAUUUUCAGCCACAGAAUUUAUCCUGUUUUAUAUUCUAUUUGAAGCCACACUGAUUCCCACUCUUAUCAUUAUUACACGAUGAGGUAAUCAAACAGAGCGACUCAACGCAGGAACCUACUUCCUAUUUUAUACCCUCAUAGGAUCCCUCCCCCUUCUAGUGGCUUUAAUUUAUUUACAGAACUCUAUAGGAUCUCUAAACUUCCUCCUACUUCAACUUAUAAAUAAAUCCAUUACAACAUCGUGAUCAAACUCACUGAUAUGACUAGCAUGCAUAAUAGCAUUUUUAGUCAAAAUACCCUUAUAUGGGCUUCACCUGUGAUUACCAAAAGCUCACGUUGAAGCCCCCAUCGCUGGCUCAAUAGUCCUGGCAGCUAUUCUACUUAAACUAGGCGGCUACGGAAUAAUACGCAUUACCAUCCUACUCAGCCCUAUUACAGACUAUAUAGCCUACCCAUUCCUCAUACUCUCCCUCUGAGGCAUAAUUAUAACCAGCUCUAUCUGUCUCCGGCAAACAGACCUCAAAUCACUCAUUGCUUAUUCAUCAGUGAGCCACAUAGCCCUAGUAAUCGUAGCCAUCCUUAUUCAAACACCAUGAAGCUUUAUAGGCGCCACCGCUCUAAUAAUCGCACAUGGCCUUACUUCCUCAUUAUUAUUCUGCCUAGCCAAUUCCAACUACGAGCGCAUUCACAGCCGAACCAUACUACUAGCCCGAGGCCUACAGACUAUUCUUCCACUAAUAGCAGCAUGAUGACUAGUUGCUAGCCUUACCAACCUGGCCCUACCUCCAACUAUUAAUCUGCUAGGGGAACUUCUUAUCAUUAUGGCCUCCUUCUCAUGAUCUAACCUCACAAUCAUCCUGAUAGGGACUAACGUCCUAAUCACGGCCCUCUACUCCCUCUAUAUACUAUCAACCACCCAACGAGGCAAAUUCACGUAUCACACAAACAACAUUUCCCCUACAUUCACCCGAGAAAAUACUCUUAUAGUACUUCACCUAGCCCCACUUCUUCUACUAUCAAUUAGCCCAAAAAUCAUCUUAGGCCUAAUAUUCU